AUGGGCAGGGAGGACAUUGUCCGGGAGGAGCUGGGCACCCUCCAGGGCAUCCCCCUCUACAAGUGGUUCAUCGAGGGUUGGCCGCAAGUGGAGGCUUUUCAAGCCCGGCCUGAUGACCUGCUCAUCUGCACCUACCCCAAAUCAGGCACCACCUGGCUCAGUGAGACCUUGGACAUGAUCUACCACGACGGUGACGUGGAGAAAUGCAAGCGGGAUGCCAUCUUCAACCGGGUGCCCUUCCUGGAGAUGAACGCUCCCCAAAUGCCCAAUGGCAUCGAGCUGCUAGCCAAGAUACCUUCACCGCGCCUGGUGAAGACCCACCUCCCUGUCCAGCUGCUCCCUGUCUCCUUCUGGGACCAGGACUGCAAGGUGAUCUAUGUUGCCCGCAACCCCAAGGAUGUGGCCAUCUCCUACUACUACUUCUACCAGAUGGCAAAGAUACACCCUGAUCCUGGCACAAUGGAGGAGUUUCUGCAGAACUUCAUGGCUGGGAAAGUGGCCUAUGGGUCCUGGUAUGCCCACGUGAAAGACUGGUGGGAGAAGAGGAAGGAGAAGCGGCUCCUCUACCUCUUCUAUGAGGACAUGAAGCAGGACCCCCUGCGCGAGGUGCAGAAGAUUGCCCAGUUCCUGGGCAAGGAGGUGACAGAGGGCAUGGCGGCAAAGAUCGUCCACCACACCUCCUUCCAGGAGAUGAGGAAGAACCCCGCCGCCAACUACGAGACCCUGCCGAGCUCAGUGAUGGACCACAACCUGUCGCCCUUCAUGCGGAAAGGGAUUGCUGGGGACUGGAAAAACCACUUCACGGUGGCUCAGAACGAGUGCUUUGAUGAGCAUUACAAGGAGCAGAUGAAGGGCUCCGACCUCUGCUUCCGCAUGGAGAUAUGA